ACUGGACAUACGGAAGAAUUUGUUCAGGAUGAGGGUGGAGAGGCGCCAGCACUGCGCGACCCGCGCACAGCCGAAAGCGGCGCUGCCGCGGGAGCUUGUGCGGCAGGAAGGGAGCGGGGCCGGCCGAGCAGCUCCUCCUCCUCCUCCUCCUCCCGCUCCUCCUCCUCCCCGGGAGCGGCGGGGUCCAUGCGGCGGGCGGGACGGCGUCGCCCGGCUCCGGUGGCAGCGGCAGCCGGUGCCGAUGAGCUGGAGCAGCAGCAUGAGCAGCGGGUACAGCAGCCUGGAGGAGGAGGAGUCCGAGGAGUUCUUCUUCACCGCCCGCACCUCCUUCUUCAGGAGGCCGCCGGGGAAGACCCGGGCCGCCCCGCAAGAUGUUCAGAAGGAGAACGAACCUCACGUUUAUCUCAGUAAAGAAGAAGUUAAAGAGAAGAUACAAAGCUAUAAUUCAUCUGUCACUGAUAAAUUAAAGAUGACCUUGAACGCAAAUGGGAUUUACACUGGCUUCAUCAAAGUUCAUUUAGAACUAUGCAGACCGAUCACUGUGCAGUCUUCCCAGAGCCAGGGGAGGUGCGCUCACAGCAAUAACGAAACUGCAUUUUACUUGCCGGAUGGCUGCGUGAAUACCCUUCACAUCAGCAGCACCAACACUGUUCGUGAAGUUAUUGAGGCCUUGCUCAAAAAGUUUUUCGUGGCUGAUAACCCUGCAAAGUUUGCACUUUAUAAACGCUGUCACAAGGAAGACCAAGUUUAUACAUGCAAGCUGUCAGACCGAGAACAUCCCCUCUACCUGCGUUUGGUGGCGGGCCCCAGAACAGAAAUGCUCAGUUUCGUUCUGCGCGAGCAUGAAACUGGAGAAGUCAUGUGGGAAGCUUUCAGCAUUCCUGAACUGCGAAACUUCUUGCGUAUACUGGACAAAGAGGAAAAUGAGCAACUGCAAAUCUUAAAGAACCGUUACGCAGCUUACAGAGACAAACUUGAAGAAGCCCUUGGUGGGGUGUGGAAACCUGGUUAAAAGGGGCCAAAGGACACUCAGGAAAAAUGCACGCUACCAAAUGUCAGUAUAGCAUGCCAAACCCAAUGUACAAAGAGCAGCAGAGAGUAGUUUUCUUUAUUCAGAAGACUGUUUUGUGAUGCCAGGGUACCUGAAUUUUGCUAUAGACUUAGUUCCAUAAGCCAAGUCACUUAGCAUCUUGCACCCACAAGUAAGGGAUUCUGCAUGUUUGUACAUCAGUUUGCAACCCUCUGUUUGCCUAGAGAGUUUUCCAAGUUACCUUGGUGCAAGCUGUGAACUGUAAUCAGUUUUCUAGGAUGCUAUGAAAUACGAUUUUAUUUUUUUUUUAUUUUUAUUCUUCUUUGCUUUAGUGGUAGCUUUAUGAGUAAGGAUGUGCAAAUUGAUGGGUUAAAAAAUGAAUAAAACCAUCUGGACAAGAAUUAGUUGGAGCACUAUAUUUGAGAUGAAAUUGAUUUGCACUACCUUUCUGUUUUCAAAUAGUUACUGUAUAAUUUGUGAGAGAACUGUUAUAGAUGGAAGGUGUAUGAGAUCAUCAGGUUUGUUCUGUGAAAUUUGUGGAGGGCUUUAAUGUGGUCUUUUCUGGAGAAGGUAAAGAGAAGGUUUAAAAAGAAGGUAAGAGUAGAGGAAGGAGGACUAACAGCUGACAGAGGAGGGGACUAGUUUUAAAUGGGAAUAGUAUUUAUACAGAGGAAAGUUAAAGUAUGGAUUCUACAAGAUUAAAGUUUUAGGAUGUUAUAAGCUUGUGAAUAAGUUUUAUGGUUUUUUAAUUGCAUAAAUCCACACUGGAAAAGAAAUAAAGAUAAUAGAAAUACUGGGAAGAAAUGAGAGGCAAAGCUAAAUAAGAAUGGAAAUGGAGCCGCAUGUACAAGUCAUUAUUGGAGAAGCUGGUUCCAUAAAUGUGUAACGGGGGUUUGAAAUGUGCAGCAAAGCUAAAAGGUGGCUGAUUACUUGAAUUCUGAAAAGUGGACAGUGUCUCAGAUAACUUUGUGAGCGGUGCCCAUCUCGCAAGUGUUUAGACAUAAGCUAUAGCUACAGAUGCAUUUGGUCUUUAUUGUAAGUCAGGUCUUUCCUCUGGCUCAGCAAUCCAUUUGUAGGCUGGAUGACUUUGAAUUAUCUUAUCUGAAAGACAAAAAUAGCUUCCUUUGCUUUUAGUUUGUUAAAGGCUCAGUCAGGCAAAGGAAGCAGAAUUUCUUAUUUGUGUUUCCAGCUUAGCAGAAAAUUAACAUUCAUUGGCUGUGUUGGUGACUGAGCUUAGCAACUCCUGCUUUUAGUAAUUCAGAGGGUUUUUUUCCUUAUGGUUUUUAAAUUCUUAAUUGAAAAACUGAUUACCAAAUUCUGCAGACUGCUGAUUUACUUGAUUUAAAAGUAGGAAAAAUGUAGCAAGAAGACUUUUUACUUUACUGUAAAUAUAAUUGUUGUUCUUUCAGAGUUAUUUAUCUAAAAAAGCACGUUCAAAAGAAACCAAAGAAGUGGGUGUGCAAUAGAAGCAUGAGGCAGAUUUGAGUAACUGUUAACUUCAGUUAUUAUCGUGCCAGAGAGGAAAUGAGUUAUAAAUUAUGGGGUGGGGUAGGGUGGAGGAGUGCAACCAUUUAAAAGAAGCAGAAGUUUAGUGGGGUUUUUCCCUCCACUCUUAGGGUGUUUGUUUUAAAUUCCCAAGGAAUUGUUAAAACUUUGGUGACAUCUAAUGGAUACUCUGUGAAACUCCAAGAUGCUUCUGUUCCUCCCCUUAAUUUGAUGUAAUUGUGCCUUUGUUUCCUUACCUUAGUAGGAUUUUUUUUAAAACCUCUUUACAGGUUUGUUUUUGUUUUGGUAAAAAGAAUUUGCAAACUUUAAUGAGACAAUCAUAAUGUUUUAAAGGGUUAAGAGAAAUUAAGAGUAGGACUAACUAUAAAAUAUAUAUAAGGCAUUAUCUUGUUUGGUUUUUUAAUUUCACAUGUAACAUUGUAGUGCAUGUGUGAGUUAGUAACAUUAUCCUCAAGUGAGACACUUUAUAAUGGUUCAGGGAAUGCUUUUAUGUUUUCUUUUUUGUAUGAAUUCAGCAGCAUGUUGGUGGGUAUUCUGUUAACAUCUACUUAAUUUAUGUAUCUGCCCAUACCUAUGUAAUCAUUACAUAAUCGCUGUCAAGAUCGAACCAUUUGUUGCUCAGAUUUAAACACUGUUUGAGUCUAAAAGUGGAGUAUAAAAAAUAUGUGAAUUUUGGUUUUACUUGAAUUAAACUAUCAGUCUUUUAAGUAGGCGCAUCUGCAUUUAAUGUAGUCAAAAGCCUCAAUCAGUGUUAUAUGCACUAAGAGUCUUGAUUUGGGGUGGAGGGGGUGGGGCGGGGGACCAAAAUAAACUUAAAUAUCGAUUUUUGUCUCAGUCCACAGUUAAUUAUUGUAAGUUGUCCUGUGUGUGGGUUUUCUUCUUUUUUACACACUGGCAAUUACAACAGCUUUAAUUUAUAAGAAAUGGUUGUGCCUAGUCAGCUUUUCUCUUUUUGAUUUUAGCAUCAAAUUGAACCGUCAAAGCUUUCAUUGAAAAACUGUUUUCAUUUCAUUAUGUGAUGGUACCAGAAUGAUUAAAUGAUAUGGGUGGGGAGGGGGGGAGGAAUGCAGGGAAACAUUAAAAUGUAUGUCUUUAAAAGGAAACAUUUAAACUAUUUAUAAUUUUGACAAGCUUAGUUUUAUUUUUGUAGGGAAAUUUUUAUUCCCCUUAAAGUUAUUACUGAAAUGGCAAAAAAAGUGAUGGUUCCAUUAUUAAAGU